CUGGUGGUCACAGGCUCAGGUCCAUUGUAGAGGGCACUUUGUGACAACUUUUUGGUCACCCAAGGGGUUUGUGAAGGAAAUGUCCCAGCAGGUGGACACUGUCCCCCCUGGGAGGGCCCCAUGUCACCAGGACAGGGCGGGCUCAGUGGCACCGGUGGGGCCGGUCGGGACAGUCUGGGCACAUUCCUCGGUGCAGGCACUGCCAGCAACUUGGGGUCCUGCAGCCUGGGGACUGCAGAACAACAAGGGGAUUUCGAAGGCGCCUCUGAGAUGGACCUCCCGGAGCAGGUAGCCAGGAGACACCACAAAGGCCACUGUACUUCAUUCCUCUUCUCCCACCCUGGGGUCAUGGCACCUGUGUUGUUUGUGCUACGUGUGAGCUCCUUGCUGCGGACCCUGCAGGACAAGGUCCCGCCAUUCCUCCAACCUCAGUACUGGCUGCGCUCCUGGAUGUGUCAGGUUUGCAUGGAACUGAUCAAGGCAGCGCAGGUGAACAGCUCCAAGAAGGCAGUGGCAGGAGCAGCAAGCACAGCGGCGUUCUUCCUUUGUGAGGGGCUGCUGGGUCAGCACUUUGACAUGGUGCCCAAUGGGGUGGCUGAGCCCCAGCCUGGGGAUCUCUUCCUCUUCCCGCUGGCCUCGGGGGGACCCGGCUGGUGGGGUGCCCACGCUGGUGUCUAUUGCGGUGAUGGGGAGAUCAUCCACCUGGAAGGCACCUCAGGAACAUCUCCAACAGGAAUUGUGGCCAAGCAUGGUAAGAGUCACCUCGUGAGGACACGGGGCCCUGCCAAAGUGCUGCGGAUGAAGGGGGGACUGGAUGCAGCUGCCCUGCAAUGGCGGAUCCGAGCAGCCAUGGACAUGGUGCUGGAGUACGACGCUGUCACCUGUAACUGCAUCCACUUUGCCCUUGCCCUUCUGGGGCUGGGCCAGCUUGCUGGGGAUAUGAUGUUCCCAGCACUGCAGUGAAGGAGGUGGUGAUGUGACCUGGGGAGCACGUAGGUCUGGAACACCCUACCAGUGGGAUGAAGGAUACAAGAUAAUGGAUUUGGGAAUAAGAAUGUGGGGCUGGCACCACCCAGAUGGAUGAGAGUCACUGAGGUUUUGAAAUUCCCUCAGGUUAAAUUAAGGUGAAACGACACCAAAUGAUUGGCUGAAUGGGGUUUUUUGUUCGUAUCAUGCUGUUAUUUAGCACAAGAUUUGGAGUAUAUAUCUAUACCUUCCUGGUGAUAAGGGUUACAUACAGGGUAAAUAUUUUCUCUAAUAUCAGAGAUGUUUUCAUCUCCCACGUAUAUCCCAUACCAGUUUGAAAAUCCAUGUAUACUAUAUGAAGCAUUUAGCAGAACUAUUAAAAUCAAGCAGAAAUUGGGCCUUGUCACUUUCUGUCCUUACCGAACACCACCACAACCAGUGCUCUCUACACAGCCUGAAGAAAGCAGCUGUCAUGUGUUAAAUAAUACCUACAAGACUAUGACAGAAAGAAUAGUUCUGAAUCUGUCCUCGUUCCUGUUAAAGGCAUACUCCUUACAUUCCAAAGAUGUACUCACAGAAACUAAUUUCAUGAACAUAUAAGAAAAUUGAACGGAUCCUGGUACAAAGAACUGAAUGGAAUGCAUCAGCUGCAAAUGGCAUCAGCUCUGAGCAUCAACCACAGGAAACAGAUCUGAGCCCUCCCAGCUCCCUCAGCUGCUUCCCAUAACACUUGUGCUCCAGACCCUCACUGCUCCAUUGCCCUUCUCUGGAUGUGCUGCAGGGCCUUGAUGUCUUGCUUGCAGUGAGGAGCCCAACACUGGACGCAGCACUGGAGCUAUGGCCUCACAAUCACCUCCUGACACAAACCAGGUACCAUUUGCCUUCUUGGCCACUUGGGCACCCUGUGGCUCAUAUUCAUGUGGCUGGCUGUUGACUAACACCCCCAAAUCCUCCUCCUCUGCACAGCUUACAGCCAUUCUGCCCCAAGCCUGAUGCAUGAGUUUCUUAUAGCCAAAGUGCAGAACCCAGACCUUGGUCCUGUUGAAGCUCAUCCCAUUGCUUUCAGCCCACCAAUGCAGUCUGUCCAGAUCCCUCUGUAUUGCCUUCCUGCCCUCAGGCACAUCAAUAUUUCUCCCAGCUUGAUGACUUUGGGCACUACUUGCUCUUUGCUCUUCCUUCAGGCCUUACAAUUCCUCCUGACCGUAGGGGAAUGGAGUUGGAAGGUGUCCCACCCCGUUCUAUGGUCUGUUUUGCCCAGUGGGAGGACAGCGACUACGGCACGCUUCACUGACACAGGUGCACCAAAACAAUGUAUUAAAUAUGUUCUGAGCAGGUUGUUGCACAUCUCAUUUAUAAUCACAUAUGUUGGAAAGUAAAUUAGGGUAUGUCUCAUCCACAUGUCUAUCACAGGAUGGGAUCUGAGGGAGGUGGGGGUUACAAGCUGGGCAGUCUCUGUCUUGCUCCAAUUACUGGAGGGAGAGAAGGUGUGUUUUUUUUGAUGUAUGUAUACCUGACCAUGAGAUUAAGACACAACAAGUCAAAUGCUCGGCCAACCCAUUUAUUACAAAUCCUAGUUGCUUAUGAAGUUGGGGGAGGGAAGAUGGGCAAUAGAAAAAGAUAGGAAAUAAAAGCAAGGAGUCUUUUGUAGAAAACAAGAGAAACAGACAGGCUCUACUUCCUUCAAAAGAUAACCUUUUUGUAGGCGUUCCUUUCCACCUUUUUGCACUGGAUCACUUCACAGUCGGCCCUCAGCACCCCCUGCACGGGGGUAGAAAUACUAAUCAGCUGCUUUAUUGAUGAUUUCCACCUGAAGACUGCCUGUUUUCACUGCCUUACUCUGUUUCUGUUCUUCAAACAAUUAUGACAUUCAGGGUAACUUGCAAAUAAGAAUUACCUGACAAUAACAGUGCUUAUCUGUGUAUAAUAAUUCUUAUCACUGACUUCUUGUACUACUGAUAUCUGUAGCCAUAUAAUUGUAUGCAAGCUAAUGGUCUUUAAACUAACUAUCACAAAAAGCUGUUAUCCUUCUUACAAUACAUCUAUCUAUUAACAAAUAACAGUAUCUUAGGUAAUAGCAUCUCAAAUAAUUAUAAUAAAAAUAAUAUCCCAAAUAAUA